AUGAAUGGAUGUGACUUGUUGGACCAAAGAGUGGGCUACUAUGGCAUUCACUGCAGAAAAUCAAUUAAGUGGUGGAAGAAGAUAUUUUUGUGGAUGUUUGAGAUUGUCCAAGUAAACAGUUAUAUCAUAUACAUGCUUAGUUCAGGAAAAAAGAUGGGACUGCAAGAUUUCAAACGCCAGCUCCUGAAUCAACUGACUGAAGCAAGUGCAAAGGAACUGGUAUCUACAAAAUAUAAUUUGCAGCCCGAGGUGCUGUCUACCAUCCCUGAGAAUAUACAGGGCUUCUCACUGACAAAAUUUACAGACAACAGGCACCUAAUUAUGUUCAGAAUGCAAUAUUUGAAAUGUACUCUUUGCAGCCUUCCAUCCAAACCCAAGCGCACACACUUUUAUUGUUCAGGAUGCCUAAAUUAUCUGCACUUGCUCCCACAGUGUUUUGCUCCAUAUCAUCUAAAACCAUAG